GCGUCUAUUUCGUUGGAUCGUAUACUCAAAAAGAAGCUCAUACGUACACGGGGUAGUUGCACGCUGCGGUUGUGUUAAAUUUAUAACGACAAAAUUUACAGAAACUUUUUGUUCGAGAGGUAAUAGCAGUAAAUUAAUUAGAAAUUAACCAAGUUCAUGGUGAACGUGUAGUAUGUUUUGGUAACCAAUUCAAAGGUGUCAGUCCUCCCUGAUCUGUGUCUAAUCGUGUGUGGAAAAGUGGUAACAUUCUAUACGCUUCGUGACACUGGUGACACUGUUGAAAAUGUGUUCAUUGUCUGCGUUGAAGUGUCCGCUUUGUGCGCAGACGAAUUUUCCUAAUAUCGACGCCUUACGUGUCAGUUUAAUUAAGGCCGCAAAUGGACCGUUGGCCUGUCCUAUUUGUCAUGAGCUGUUUUUGGGUUUGGACAAGUUGACCAUACACCUAUUCAGUCAUACCACUGUCAUGAUGACCGAAACGUCAAAAGGGACCGUGGUCACAGAAGGCAGCAAACGAACAGAACAAUCAGAGAAAAAGGUCGAUAAUAAAUUAGAAGCAGAAGAGACAAGCAUUUCCACAGUAGCGCCAAUAAAACGUGUCAGCAAGGAAAAGAAAACAAAGAAGACACGACAGCUCGUCGAGGAUACAACGAAGGUGGCGCAAAUCGAUAACAACACUUCAUUUUGUACGCAAGUCGCUGAUAGUACGAGCAGCAUUAUUGCUAAUGCACCAGCAGCUAAGCUUUCUACUUGUGAUAUUUGUGAGUUUACAUUUCGUGAUGAGGAGCUGCGCGACAUGCAUUUUCGUCUGGUACAUCAGAAUAUCAACAACAACAGCGGUGAACUUACAACGAACACCGCCUGCUCCACAGAACCCGAUUUCAAAUGUCAUCUUUGUUCGAAGACUUUCAAAAUGAAGGGUUCGCUGCGCGUACACCUCAAAGUAGUCCAUUUAAUGUGUCUACCUUAUACCGGCAAUAGUCCUAAAUUGAGCAUCUGCGAUCGGAUACGUCAUAAGGAGACGAAGCUUGGAGCCACUACCAACAAGAGUUCCACCAACCUAGCGCAACCCACCCAGCUGAAAGUUGAAAAUAACGGCACGCAAUUAAUGCAGUCCACAGCAACUCAACACCAAAUAACGUUUGCCGCGAAUGCGCCACAAUCAACGGCGCAGGUGCCUAGCGGCUUCACAUUCGGUACCUUAACUUUAUUGCCGGCGCCAACGGUUGCGGCGAGUGCGUCUGGGAACUUGUUAAAUUUGAAUAAUAACGGUGAAUUACUGCAAGCUGUGGACGGCACGGCUUUAAAUUCAAAUGUACUCUUGCUAAUCAACACAAACUCCACGACAGUGCCCGGUACCGAGAAGGCUUCCACGGUUGCCGGCGCCAAAAGCUUAUCCAAUGUAUUGAUAAAUGGUGGCAAGGAGCUAAUGGAGCAGCAGAGUAAAAACACAACAGAAAACAAUAAAUUGUGGAAGUGUAACGAGUGCGCCAAAACCUUUACCACAAAAUAUUUUCUGAAAAAGCACAAACGUCUGCACACGGGUGAGAUGCCGUAUACUUGUGAGAUUUGUGCGCGAACCUUUACUUUCCAACAGUCAUAUCAUAAACAUCUACUCUAUCACAGUAAUGAGAAGCCACAUGUGUGCGCUACUUGUGGCCGCGCUUUCAAGGAGCUGUCAACUCUACAUAACCACGAACGAAUACACAGUGGUGAGAAACCCUUUAAGUGUGAAGUGUGUGGUAAAUGCUUCCGACAACGCGUUUCCUUUUUGGUGCAUACCCGCAUCCAUACAGGCAUUAUGCCCUACAAAUGUGAGGUGUGUCAGAAAAGCUUUCGCUAUAAGGUCUCACAACGAACACACAAAUGCCUACCACAACAAUGCGCCACGGAUGAUGCUGUGGAAGAUGCCACACUUGGUAAAGAGGCGGGAAAUAAUAUGGACAAGCACGCGCUCGAACAUACAACCGAUGAUAUAUCAGAGAAUUUCAUUAAAGAAUUUCUUGAGAAUACGCGCGUGAACAUAGGCGAUGCACAAAACUCACCAGCCAGUGCCGAAAUUACUGCCAUAAACGCUGCUAGUGAUUGUAACGGUAACGACGAUGAGGCACUACUUACUAAAGCUAUUGAUGAUAUAAUCGAUGAAUCGUGUAAUAAAAUGGGUAUUGGUAAUCAGGCUGCCGGUUGUCAACAUUUACCGUCCACAAAUAUACACACUUCUAUGGGUCCGCCGGUGGCCUGUAGUGAUGAUUGCAAUUCCCCAACUCAGAAAUUACAAAAUAUGCGCCUUUAUUCGCCACAGCUAAUGACAGGCAUGGUGGACAGUGUUAGUGAUAAUACAGAUAAUAUAUUUCCACGAUUUCUACUUGACGAUGGAGGAAACAAUAUGCUAUGAAAACGUGCAUGGUGCCUUACUUCAGUAAAUGUUUUUCUUUGCUCGCUAAGCUCUCUUGCCAAAAAUUUGUAUAUAACUCGUAAAAGCGGUGACAAAGUUAUCUUCUAUUCCUCAUUAAAGUUGAGUAACUUUUUCGUAUUUUUUCCGCUUUUUGAUUCUGCCAGUUGUUUUAUACCAGUUGUUUAUUCGAUUCGCCACUAAAGGUUUGCCGAGUCAAAAUCAGCUAUUGUUUAAUUAAAUAUUAUAUUGGCAUUGUAAAAAGUGCAGUGAUAAUUGUUUAUAAAUAUAAUAGCUAAUAUUCCUACAA